CCACCAAAGCAACCGCCGAUUCCGGCGCCGCAGUACCAGGGCUCCUUCUGGGCCCAUCUGCUCUCCAUUGACCUGUGGGCGUUGUGGCUCGCGUACUUUGGCAUGGGGGGCACCGCCACGGUGGUGCAGAUGAACGCCGCCCAGAUUUACCGCAGCAAGAACAACGGCGGGUUUGACACCCGAACUCUGACGCUGUACCUCGCCAUCAUCUCUGUGGGCAGCGCUGUUGGACGCAUUUUCAUAGGAUGCCUCGAUAUGAAGCUGGCUGCGUGGAACCGUGCAGGCAAGUCACAAAUGCUGACGACUAUUGCGCUUCCCAUUGGUCCCCUGCUGAUGGUGUUGGCGUACCUCUUCUUUGCCGUCCUGCCGUCUAGCGCGCUAAUACUGCCGUUUUUGCUUGGAGCUAUCGGAAACGGCGUUGGCUGGGGUGUGGGCGUUUUUGCGAUGCGGAUGCUGUACGCCGAGGACAUUGGGAAGCACUACAAUUUUUGUUUUUCGUCCGCUGCUGUUUCGUCAGUUGUGCUGAACCGCUUCAUGUUCGGGGAGAUGUACGAUGCGGAGGGGCGCAAGCGUGGCGAGUUCCCAUUAUGCAACGCCCCCUCGUGUGUGCGAAACCAGAUGAUUGUCCUGCUGGUCGUUAAUGUGGUCGCCACAUUUUCCGCCCUGUUGGUGCACUGGCGAUUUUCGCGCUUCACCCAGUCGAAGCUGGAGGAACAGCGGGCGGCUGCGGCUGCCCAGCAUAGUCUAAUAAUGAUGAGCCCGAGGCACAGCCAGUAG